AUGUCAAAGGUCAUCUAUGCUGAGCCAGAUAUGAACAAGAAGGUCAAGUUUGACAGAGGUGAGAUGGAGGAGAGGAUUGUGGAUAUCUAUGUCAGUGCAGACACCAUGAGAGACGAGCCUGAUAGCUCAGGGAAGAGACCCUUCCUAGUUGGUGCAGUGUGUCUGGGGCUGCUGUGUGUUCUACUGGCUGGGAUCAUAGGCCUGUCUGUCUACUCAUGGAGCUCCUCAAACUUGCAGCUCUCUGCCAACCUAACCGAAGAUGUCAAAGAGACGCGCAUCAUUUUAGUCACCAUAUGCCAGGGCAACGGGGCCCUCAACACUUCUACAGAGGUAGGCCCCAGGGCCAAGAAUGUGACCCGGGUGGUCUACAGUGCCACCUGCGGUUCAAAGAAGGCAGAGCCGGUGGUAGUGGACAGUGCAGACAACGUGGGAGUGGUUGUGAGCUCUACAUCCCAGGAAGACAAGAAAGAAGAAGGAGAGGGGCACUUCAUCCCCUCUCCAAUUCCAUCUGACUGUUCUGAACGGAAUGGCUCCGCUACCUCUGACCCCUCACCCUCUGACCAACUCUCCUCCCUCCAUCCACCUCCCUCUCCUGUUAAAUGUUCCUCUCAGCCUUGCUCUCCUGCUAAACAACCCUCUGUACCCCGGUCACCUGCCAAAAACCCUUCCCCAGUGAAAUCCUCUCCAGUGGUGUCCCACCCUAGUUCUCCCUCUCCUACCAACCCUCUGGACCGUCAUGGAGACACCAGUCAGGAGGGCACAACAGUCAGACCUCUGUCUCUUCAGGACCACUCUAGUCCAAGGCCCCAGAGACCAGUCUCAGCCACCAGAAGCAUGACUCUUCCCAGGGCCAGCUCAGCCACCAGAAGCAUGACUCUUCCCAGGACCAGCUCAGCCACCAGAGGGUCAGAAGAGACCCAGGGGGCCAGAGGAGAACAGGUGGCACUGGUCAACAUGGAACUUCUUGGGUUGCCUAACAUUGGCAACACUUGCUUCCUUAACGCCACCCUGCAGUGCCUCCUGGUCCUGCCGUCCUUCUCAAAGGAAAUCCUGCACCAGGAACAACUCUGGAGCUCCUCCCCUUCUCCAACCUGCUCAGUUUCUUUUUGUUUUUGGAUCUUCAUAACCAAGAGGAACAACAAUGACACACUGAUUAUGAUGUGUCUGUUUGAUGUGCACCGUUCGGGUUUACCUGACAGUGUGGCAAACCAGGCCUCAAAAGCAGACCUCAUGUGGAAGGUCAAGUACUCCUUGUCGGGAUACGAUUUGAAGUAUCUGGGGGACACGCAACAGGAUGCACAUGAGUUACUUGUCAAUAUGCUGUGCCAGCUGAAGGAGGAGGGCAUGAUUCUGAAGACACUCGGGAUGAACUAUACCUGCCCUGUUUCCCAGCUGGAGUUCCAACUUGUGUCGGUGCGCACAUGUACCAGCUGUGGGCGCGAGUCGUCUACCAGAGAGGACUACAACCACCUCUCAUUGGACUUCAGCCCUGAGCGCACCUUGCUGAGCAGCCUAGCACUCACUUUCAAAAGUGAAAAGGUUGAAUUCACAUGUGAGGGCUGUAAAGGCCUCCACGCCUCAAAGGUGGAGCAGUUCCACUCACUGCCUCUUGUGCUGGUUCUGCAUCUGAAGAGGUUUGGAGGACCUGGGGGGUUGGAGAAGCUGGAGGCUCCUCUUUUGUUUCCUUCGGAGCUGAGGCUCUCUACCCUCUGUGGGGACAUGGUGCCACACCUGCACAGUGCCAGCCCACAGGCCCUCACCAACCAGGCCCCCAGCAUCCAGGGGUCCAUCCCCCAGACCCUCGCCAGCCAAGUCUCCAGCCCACCUGGAGAGGCCAAAGACAGCGCCCUCUGCUGUUCAGAAGCAGAAGCCAGUACAGUCAGUGAAUGGUUACUACCAGCUGACUGGCGUAGUCUCUCAUUUGGGAGGCUCCGCAAACUCCGGGCACUACAUUAGUGACAUAUUGCAUGCCAGUGGGAACUGGUUCUGCUGUAACGACAGCCAGGUGUCAAUGUCCAAUGAAGCCACUGUGCUGAGGACCAGAGCCCGGAGUGCCUACAUGCUCUUCUAUAUGUUCAGGUACUGCUUACUCUCGCCAUCUAUAUUCUUGUGUUGCUAUUUAUGUGUACGGUUCCUUUCACCCUACAGGGCAAUAGAGCGGGAGGCCCCAGCACACAGGGCCUAACAGGGCCACCAGCAUCAGCCCCAGCCUAAACAGGGGCAGCACCUGGACCAGCCUCCAAACACUCAGACCUGUCUCAACAGGGAUAGUACCAGGCCCAGCCUCAAAACCCCCAGCCCAGCCUCAACAGGGGUAGUACCAGGCCCAGUCUCAAACCCCCAGCCCAGCCUCAAACCUCACACACCUGCCUCGAAAGGGGUAGCAUUUGGCCCAACAUCAACAACCCCGAGCCCAGCCACAACAGGGGCAGCACUGGGCCCAACAUCAACACACCCAGCCCAGCCUCAACAUGGGGAGAACCAGGCCCAGCCUCAACAUGGGCAGAACAAGACCCAGCCCCAACACCCUCAGACCUGCCUCAACAGGUGCAGCAUUCAGCCCAACUUCAAUCAUGCUGCUCUUCAACACUAGCAUGAACAUUCUUUCAGUAGCUUGUGUCAUAAAUACCUGCCCUUGAUUUGACUACUUCACCUAAUGUAUAAAGCGUAUAAAGUAUACACACUAAAUGUAGUACACAUGUAAAUGUGGUGGAUAGAGAGUGUGAUUAUUUAGAGGGUACAACUUCCCUUCUAUUUGGUUUGGUUUGAAAUCCUCCUGUUGUGAAAUACACUGUGGUGUCUAACCUCUUAUUCAGCAUGGUCACACCGGAAGACCUGCAAUAUUAAUAAAGACAAGCAAAUGUAA